GGUGAGCAGGAAUGUCCUAAAGUGAGCAGCGCUAACAACGAUAAUCCAGGAGCUGAAGAAGAUGUGCACAUCGCUGCUGCGCUCUAAUCUGGAUUACAGCACGCACGUUCAGACGAAGCUGUGAGGGAAUUUAACACCAGGAUUCAGCACAACUCAGAGCGCAGCGAUGCGCUGUCACUGCCUCGGAGCUGAAGCGCUGCUCGGGGCUGUGAGGCAGACCGGAGUUUCUCCGUCGAGGCUGCUGUUGUUUUGAGGAGAAUUAAAAGCCCGAGGGUCUGCGAGCGACCGGCGAGGAGCGGGCAGGGGGUCUCUGAGAUGAGAUGAGUCUGCAGAAGAUGCCAUUUGGUCUACAAAUACAUGCAUAAAGCAGCCAGAGCCACCUCCACUAAAUCACCACGCUGACUAACGCUGCAUCGAAAGCAGCGCCCAGGCGUCCAAACUCUGACAACAGCCCGUGGGCGUCCAAGACCCACUGACGUGUCACUUUUCCAUCCUUUCUCCGCUCGUUCUGAUUCCUCCAUUCAUCGCCCCCUCCGUCCCUGGCUCUGUCUUCCCUCCUGGAUCAGGAAUGGAGCCGGGGGCCAGAUCCGGAUGGGAGGGGCCCCUCCUGGGGACCCUGAACGCAACAGGAAUUCUGGGAACUACAGCGGUGCCAAGGAUGCCGGGACUCAUGGGAAAUUUCUCCUCCAAUGUUUCAGACCAGAGCAUGCCAUUCCAGGGCAGCAGCACUAUGGUAACCGCCGUGAUCUCGCUGACCGUUUUCAUCGUGGGACUCAUCGGAAACACGCUGGCCAUCUACGUGGUCCUGCGCUACGCCAAGAUGAAAACGGUCACCAACAUCUACAUCCUGAACUUAGCCGUGGCCGACGAACUCUACAUCCUGGGCCUUCCGUUCCUCACCACGCAGAACGUGCUCUCCUACUGGCCGUUCGGCUCCUUCCUGUGCCGCGUGGUCAUGACGGCGGACUCUCUGAACCAGUUCACCAGCAUCUUCUGCCUGACGGUCAUGAGCAUCGACCGCUACCUGGCUGUCGUGCAUCCCAUCCGCUCCACCAGGUGGCGCCGGCCGCGGGUAGCUAAGGCGGUCAGCGCCGCUGUAUGGGCCAUCUCCUUCGUGGUCGUUCUGCCAGUGGUCAUCUUCUCUGAUGUCCAGGACACGUUCUACUCGUGCAACAUGAGCUGGCCGGAGCCGCGGGACGUCUGGUCGAUGGCCUUCAUCCUCUACACGGCCAUCCUCGGCUUCUUCGGCCCACUGCUGGUCAUAUGCAUGUGCUACCUGCUCAUCAUCGUCAAGGUGAAGUCAUCGGGCGCGCGUGCCGGAUUCACCAAGCGGAGGCGCUCCGAGCGGAAGGUGACGCGCAUGGUGGUGGUGAUCGUGGUGGUGUUCGUUCUCUGCUGGCUGCCGUUCUUCAUCAUUAACAUCGUCAACCUCGUCGUCAUCCUGCCGGAGAACAGCCUGAUGGUGGGCAUUUACUUCUUCGCCGUCAUCCUGUCGUACGCCAACAGCUGCGCCAACCCCAUCCUCUACGGCUUCCUGUCCGACAACUUCAAACAGAGCUUCCGCAAGGUUCUGUGCGUGCGGAAAGCCAACGGCGUGGAGGACGGAGACCCCAGCAUGCCACGGACGGAGAAAACGAUCACGCACGAAUCCUUCCUACCGCCUAGAAACAACGACUUUAACGGACACGUGCAGAGCAGCCAGGAAAUGCAGUUGGAGCCUUGCUCGGGCACGACGCAGGAGCCCCAGCCUGCAAUGCCCAAAGUCAUUGGCCAGUCCUCGCUUUAAACCCUGCACUCUCUCUCUUUCUUUUCUCUUCUCUUUCUGUCUGUCGUUGGUGUCUCUCUCUCUCUAUCUCUCUCUCUCUCUCUCUCUCUCUCUCUCUUUCUGUCUAUCUCUCCGUCUAUUUGUCUGUCUGUUGCUUGCUUGCUGUCAAAGGUGUGGCCUCAUACCCUGACUCCGCCCCCUGCGAGCCCGAUGACCCCACCCUCUCGCACAGCAGAGCUCAGCCUUCACCAAGUGCCAUCCGUUGCCAUGGAGAGCUCCAGCCACGACCUCUGACUUCAUACACUACCAAUCGGAAGACUCCGCUCCCUGUGACCCCAGUGACUCCGCCCACUCACACUCACAGGUGCCAUCUGUUGCCAAGCUAGCAUCAUGCUACAGCCAAUGGGAGUAAAAGCAAGGAUGUUUGGAUGCUUCGUCUUGAUUGAUUGGUCCAGUUACUCUAGCAUUUGCAAGCAGAAUGGCAUUCAUUUCAAUGGAAUUCGCUGCAGUUAAUGUUUUUGAGUAAGUUUAGUGGGAAACUUCUGGUCAAGCUCAACUUUGGUGAACUUUGACAAGCGAAUUUGUGUCUUCGACCAAUAGCACUACUGCUUUGGCUGCAAGAGGACCUCUGAAGGGGCAUCCCUUCAUUUAGCAGCACCGGACCUCCAAACUGGAGAUGCUAACUAGUGGCUAUUUUUAACAUUUUAACACAUUGGCUUUAAAUAAACACAUGAAAGAGAGACAGCAUAAGAUGCGGUUGAUUGAGAGACUAGAUAAUUAUCUUUACUUUUGUGCUUUUACUCUUUAUGAUAGGCAAGUUAGCCAGCUUGCAAAUGCCUCUGUUAGCUCUCUGGCUAACUGCAGCUGCACACAAGUCACCUCACUGUGGCCAAUCACAUCAUUUACAUAUUGUUUUUCAACAGAUCAGAGUGCAGCUUUAUACUCUUGUUAGUGUAUAAUUAUUUAUUAAAAUUAUGUUCGUGCUUGUGUUGUUAUUGUUGAUGGUAGGCAAGCUGGCAAGCCUGCUAAUGGCACCAAAACCUUUCAGGCCUCGGUCACACCAGAGUUGGAAGGCAACACAAACUGCAAAUAUCUAGUGUGUAGCUGCGGCUUUAAAAGUGACCAAAGCAUGUGUGAUAAAAUAGUUCUCCAGGUUGGUGCAGUUAGCAAGCUAGCUUACAGCAAUGGCACACAAUUAAACAUAAUUAUAUCAGAUAAUUAUAUACUCAUACGAGUAUAGUGCCGCACACUGCUAACUACUCACCUACCAAACACAGUAAAAACAUAAAAGCAAACACAAUUAUAUCAGAUAACUUGGUUGUUGGUGACAGUGUGGUGACUUGUGUGCAUUAGCCAAGAAGCUAACACAGCUGUUAUCCAUUCAUUUUUGCGUUUGAAGACUGUGAAAACCAUUCGGUACAGCCAGUUAAAGUUUAUUCCACCACCUGGGUGCCAGGACAGAGAGUCUUGAGGCUUGUCUUCCAUGUGUCUUGAAGGAUGGCCGAGCUGUACUUGAAGCUCAAAGGGCUCGAGGUACGGAACGAGCUUUGGCCUUUGCUGUAAUGUAUCCUCAAAACCACAAACAGUAAAAUCACGGAAAUAAAGAAAAUAACAAAGACUCACAACUGACCGUGUAUACAGGCUCUCUUUCAUGUGUUUAUUUAUAGCCAGAGAGGAAGAAAUGGUCAAAGGUUUGUGCUUAAACAAAUCCAAAGUUAGCACCUCCUCCAUUUUGGAGAUUCAGUGCUACGCAGCCCCAGCCCUUCUGAGGUCAACACAACCACAGCACUAUUGGUUGAGGACGUUGACCACGAACGGGAAAACGAAAUUUAGUCGCCCUGGAAGUCUGCAAGACGGAAUAACUCACUGCAAUGAAUCCCAUUGAAAUGAGUGUAACUUUCACUGUCUCGCUGAAAAGUUCACUGGCCAGUACUAGUAUGACUGGGCCUUUAAGCAAAAAAAGAAGGGAUGGAUGGAUUGUGAGAAAGAGAGCGAGAAAGAAUGCUGUACUAGCACUGCAGGAGUUAAAUGUGGCUAAUGCAGAACUGCUAGCUGCAUGAUUUAAAUAUUCACUAAAGUUUUGACGAGGAGUCUGGGAGGUAUACAGCAUGAGUCACCGCCGUGUUGAUCAGAAAUGCAGGCUGCUGUGCUGAAUCAAAUACAGAUGCCAAUCUCUGACAGACUCAUUAGCUUAUCACACACUGCCUCAGUGACUGCAGCACAGCCCAGCUGUAUUAAAGCAGCGAGAAUCCACCCAGCCGACUCAUACGGGACUCAACCUCCAAACAUCUUCUACUGCUAUCGACCGAUGCUCUGCAACCAGUGCUCAAUACCCCACGAACCUUCGGGUGACCCCACUUUAUUGAAGGUGUUUCUACAGACUGCGCACCUCUCUCUGUUUUGCCUGUGGUUUAAAGCACCAAACUUUAUCUAGCAGCACUGUUAGCUGCUGGCUGCUGUUUCUUGCCCUGCCCUACAGUGGAUAGUCAAAAUCUAAUUUAUAUAGUCCCCCCCUCAUUCCAAGUGUAGUCAAUUAGCCAAGACAUGUUUGGUGUCUGACAUUUGCUUUUUUAGUUCUGUGGUGGUGAAACUAAUGCAGCUAACAAGAUAAGGGUAGCUUAGCCACCAGAAACACUGGAAACGUUACUGUUUAACUGAAAAAGAAGGUUAACUUGGCUGCCUUGAACUUUUGAGUUAAGCUUGUAACUCAAAAUUUUUAAUCUAUACCUUAAAAAAGCCAAAGAAAACACUGACAACUGGGAAUUCCUCAUUCAGCAUAUGAAGUCGGAUUAGCAUGGCUGCUCACACCGUCAACAAUGAUAAAGCAGCGCUUCUCUACUUUUAAAUGAGAUUUUAGUAGUAUUAA